AUGAAGGGUACGGUGGCUACGAGACCCGCGGUCAGGAAGACAGAGGCGGAGGCUCAGGCCGCGGCGCCCGCACCCAAGAGGCUCGCGUCCGCCGGAACCGCCGGCCGCAGGCCACGGAAGCGGAUCCGCGAGGAUAAGCUUGUCAGCGACGGGGAUCUCAUCAGCAAACUCCCCGAUGACAUCCUCGGCACCAUCAUCUCCCUCCUCCCCACCAAAGACGGCGCCCGCACGCAGGCCAUCGCUCGCAGAUGGCGCCCUCUCUGGCGCUCAGCGCCUCUCCACCUCCACGCCUCCUACCACCUCUGCUCCAAACAGUUCAAGCGCCUCUCCGUCGUCUCCAGGAUCCUCUCCGACCACCCUGGACCCGCCCGCCGUUUCGUCUUCCGCCUCGUCCGCCUCCACAAGGUGAAAAAAAGGCACGCCGAGGAAGCCGCUCAGAUCGACAACUGGUUCCACUCCCGAGCCCUCAGAAACCUUAAGGAGCUCGAUAUCAGCUUCGACCUCUUGGACUAUGUACACGAGAAGCUUUAUCCGCUGCCCCCAUCAGUGUUCCGCUUAGCACCAACUCUCCUCGUGGCCAUAAUCGGCUUCUGCGAAUUCCCCAAGGAGAUCACUCAUUCGCUUAGUUUUCCGUUGCUCAAGCAGCUCAUCCUGCGGCGCGUUUCCAUCUGCCAGGAUGUCUUCCAUGGGGUGCUCUCUGCCUGCGGUCUGUUGGAGUCACUCGAAUUGAAGGAAAUUCGUGAUACGAAUUGCUUGCGCAUUAGCUCGGCAACUCUUAGGAGUGUGAGCCUCUGCGCUUGUUUUGCAGCCAAAGGAGAAUUGUUCAUUGAAGACGCCCCUCUCCUUGAAAGGCUGCUACUACCUUGUCCGCGCGAAGGGCGUGAGACUAUUCGGAUAAUCAAGGCACCUAAACUGGAGAUACUGGGCCUUUUGUCUCCCCGCAUCUCCGAAACUGAGAUUGCUAAUGUAGUUUUCCAGAGUUUAACCCCAACAAGCUUGAAUAAUACGAUAGCCACAGUGAAGGUUCUGGCUCUCGAGUUUCCGGUCCCUGAUUUGAAUGCUGUUAUUCACGUCUUAACAUGCUUCCCGUGCUUGGAAAAGCUUCAUGUCAUUUGGGAGAAAUACUUGAAGAUAGGUACGAAAAAUGCACGUCAGUAUGACCCACUAGAUCCAGUCAAAGGCCUUGAUACCCAUCUAAAAAAACUGGUAUUGAAAAAUUAUGAGGCCAGUGAGCAAGAUGUUGGCUUUGCCAAGUUCUUUAUUUUGAACGCAAAAGUGCUGAAGAAACUCAAAUUUGGAGUCAGUCAUAGGAUCAACAAACAAUGGGAUGUAGAUGCAGUCUUCCAUGCAGAUGCUCUCCAGGGUGCUGUAGGAGCUGCUUUACGGGAUUACAAAGGUGGUUUCAUCGCGGCUUCAAACGAAAGGCUAGAGCAUGUUGUUGAUGCAGGGACGGCGGAAGCAUAUGCACUACGACAUGGCAUCCUGUUGGCGCAGCAGAUGGGAAUUAGCAAGCUCAUUGUGGAGUUAGACUGCCUUGAGGGAGACAAACUCUGUCGCUCAUGUUUUAGCUAG